AUGAACACAAUUGCAAGCCCGCCCUAUGCCAAAAACUUACAGGCGAGAGGUAAGUCCACAGGUUGGGCUGCCUUUGGCCUCAAACAGCGUCAGAAACGUGGUCUUCAACUUCAACAAGUCGACGAUGAUCCUUUCCCACCCUUGCCAACCACUGGCAUCACCUCUCUUCGUCCCUGUGAAAACAUCUCGAACAGUAAUGGUUUUUCUGCUGGGUCUUUCUUAUCUGUACUACUACAUUCUGCAGAUUUUCCACCCAUAACAAAGAAUGGUAAUUGCAAUAAAUUGACACCAGUUAGUGAUUCUGGUUUAGUUAAGGUUCUCGAGGAGAAGGAUCGUAAUUUUGUCUUCAACCGUCUCAAAGAACUUCACAGCUGGGCUGAUGAAAGUUUGAUCGAGGAUAUCAUGGCCUCUGUGAAUAAUGAUAUUGAUAAGGCCACAACUUUGUUAGAAGAGAUGAUUUCUACUGGCAACUCUACGGAGAAAGGGGAAGCAAAGGAUUUAUCUAAUUGCGAUGAUUUUCGAUGUGCAGAAGGAGGAAAAGAGAUUGCUUUGUUAGGACAGACCUCAAACCUUGCUGAAGACAUAGCUGAUCUAAGCUUUACUCUUGAGGGUACUUCCAAAGGUAAUCACAAACAAUUGAUGGAUGUGCAUACUGCCUGUGGACAUAGGCUCUCCGAGGCUGCUACUGCAUACAGGAAACCAAUUCAGGGGCACUUAAGGUCCUUGCCUGUUGAGCCUGAGUGGGAAGAGCAAGAUGUUUACUUGAGCCGUCAAAGAAACGCACUAAGGAUGAUGAGGUCGGCAGCUAGGCACUCCAGGGCAGCAACUAAUGCCUUUCUGAGAGGAGAUCAUUUUUCUGCUCAACAGCACUCAUCAAAGGCUCGUAAAGAAUGGUUGGAUGCUGCAAGACUCAAUGCUAAGGCAGCUAAGGAAAUUUUGAGUAUAAGAAAUAAUGAAACACACUCAAUGCUUCAUCAAACACACUGGACUCAUUGA